UGGCCCCGGUCACGGAGCAGGCGCACAGCCCAGCGCCCGGCAGCCCCGGCCCAUCGUCGGGGAAAGAUGGCGGCGGCAGUGCGGCUGGGCCGGCGCAGCGUCCGCGGCCGUGCCGCGGCCUGCCUCUCCUGCAGCGGGCGGUUUUUCAGCCGUGGGCCAAAUGUGCUGCAUCAAGACAGCAGUGCACCUCAGGCUGCAUUCUUUUCACCUCUUCAAAAAGUGAUGUUGCCACCAAAUACCUUUCAAGGGAAAGUGGCCUUUAUAACCGGUGGAGGUACUGGGAUUGGCAAAGGGAUGGCAACAACUUUGUCCAGUUUAGGUGCCACGUGUGUUAUAGCGAGCCGGAAGCUUGACGUUUUGAAAGGAGCAGCAGAAGAAAUUUCUUCAAAAACUGGGAAUAAGGUUCAUGCCAUCCAGUGUGAUGUGAGAGAUCCAGCGUCAGUUAAGAAUGCUGUUGCUGAAAUAAUCCAAGUGGCAGGACAUCCUAAUGUUGUGAUAAACAAUGCAGCUGGAAACUUUAUUUCCCCUUCUGAACGACUUUCUGCUAAUGCAUGGAAAACAAUAACUGAUAUUGUGCUUAAUGGUACUGCUUUUGUAACUCUGGAAAUCGGAAAGGAGCUCAUUAAAGUACAAAAAGGAGCAGCAUUCCUGGCUAUUACAACAAUUUAUGCAGAGAGUGGUUCAGGAUUUGUGUUGCCGAGUGCCUCUGCCAAAGCUGGUGUAGAAGCAAUGAGCAAGUCUCUUGCGGCUGAAUGGGGUAAAUAUGGCAUGAGAUUCAAUGUGAUUCAACCAGGUCCAAUAAAAACAAAGGGUGCUUUUAGCCGCCUUGACCCAACAGGCUCAUUUGAGAAGAAAAUUAUUGAUAGGAUUCCCUGUGGUCGUCUGGGAACUGUAGAAGAAAUUGCAAACCUUGCUGCCUAUCUCUGCAGUGACUAUGCAACCUGGGUUAACGGAGCAGUUAUUAGAAUGGAUGGUGGAGAAUAUGUUUCUAUGGCAGGAGAAUUCAAUGAUUUGAAGAAGGUUACCAAAGAGCAGUGGGAUAUGAUGGAAGCAAUGAUUAGAAAAACAAAAGGCUCUUAAAGUACAUAACUAUGGUGGAGAUUUUUGGAAAUGAACCACUACUUUUUCAUGAAUGUUUAGAAAUGACCAAUUGAGAAAUAGCCUUCAGAAUCUUUUGUAUGCUAAUUUGAAUAAAAAUAUUUUGAAUAUAGCAUGUAUAUUUUUUUCCAUCUACAAUCUAAUCUGUUGCCAACAGUGAAGAACAGCUGUUCACUGAAACUUUAUUGUUCUUUAGAUUAUGUUUUAUAUAGCCAUGCCGUGGUCUACAAUUAGCUUUUUUUUUUUUAAUAUUUCAAAGGAUUUUUUUUGUUUCUCAGAUAUGUGGAGUUGUCUCUUAGUAUUGUAAUUCCAAGCAUUUCAGAACUACCAUAACAGAAUGUAAUUGUUAAUCUCAGGAAAAACUAAGAAAUUAAGUCCUAAUCUUCCCACUUGAAUAAUAGAUCUGAAACUUGUAAAUAACAAAGUUUCAAUUUAUCAGCAGGACUGCAUAUACUGAGAUAGGAUGUAACUCCUGUGGUUACUUACAAAAUCUUGAAAUACAUAUACCAUCUAGGUCUCAUCAUCUGCUGACAUUUCCAGUCUGAUAAUUAUGCUGAACUUUAAAAAUGGCAUUUAAGGACUAGCAACGCCUUUCUGAGGAGUUUGCUCUUUGCAAUGAUUAAGUUAAUGUUCUUGAAAAUGAGAAACUAAACAUCAUUUGCUAUUAGCGUGUGUGUGACUAAGGGAGUCUUUCCAUAAAAAAUGGUUUACUUAAGACUAGUAUAGGACAUCAGAAAAUCAGGACUGAAAGCCUUGAAAUGUCAUUGGUUGAGUUUUACAGAAAUCCCUACGUUUCAUUUGCAUUCGCAGACUGGUACUAAAGAAGCUUUAAGAUGGCAUUACCUUCAUAUCUACUUCAGUUUAUCCAUCCCAAAUAAGCAAGUGAUUAAAAACCAACCAAGCAAAACCCAACAAACCAUGUUUAUUGCUGUCCGUCUUUUAGUAUUAUUACAUUUUUCAGAUUAGGGAGUUGCCAGUUGUUUGUCCCCCCACCUUGCUUCAAGCAAUGGAUGGAAGUAUUAAAAAAAAAGUAACAGACUCUGGCCUUUACAGCCUGAAAUCCAUGCUUUUUUAUUUUUUUUUUUUUGUUUAAAUUGUUUAACCCAAGCUCCAGGCCAUCCACACAUACGGGCACGGACAUAGCUGUAUGUGCUUGGAAAUUGAUACCGUGAUUUAAGAGUCAGGAAUAUAGAAACCAUUAAAGGAUGUUGUCCUUCAAGUGCUGACAGCUGUUUUGUCCCUUUACCCACACUUCAGGCCACACUUACAUAUGCCAGCAUCUAACAUAGAUAUUAUUUGAUCACCUUAAUACAAAGCUGAAGCAAGCUAUUCUAUGUUCUACUGAAAGGGUGGACAAUACUAGCGCAGGCUUCCACGUGCCAGCUUUCUCCUGAGAGUGAUGAUGAGGGGGAUUGAAUAGCAUCUGUGACACUGAUAAUGAAACAAAGCAAAUGUGUUUAUCGUAGCAGCCUUCAGGAAGUCUCUUGAACAUAAUGUAAAGUUUUUUUUAUAGCAUCUUGGGUUGUGGUAGGUCUACUGUCAAGAUCAAAUUCUGACAACGGUAUCCAUGUCUUUUCCCCAAAAAGUGAUUUAGUUGAGAAGUUUGGCCCAUGUAUACUGUUCUUUGCUUGUUGUCCUUUGCAUAUACUUAUAUUUUCAUUUUGUAUGGCACACAGUUGCAUAUAAGGCUUUGACGCUUGGAAAAAAAAGUGUUUCAGAAAAAAAUUGGAAGGUAUGCAUGUGAGCUGUGGUGUGACCAGGUAUUUCUCUGUGGUAUUUAAUAGGGUAUCCUCUGGAGAUGGGCUAACAAUAAAAAUAUUUUCCCACUGGUC